CCGCCGCCGAGCACUAUGGGAGACGCCGGGAGCGAGCGCAGCAAAGCGCCCAGCCUACCGCCUCGCUGUCCCUGCGGCUUCUGGGGGUCCAGCAAGACUAUGAAUCUCUGUUCCAAAUGCUUUGCUGAUUUUCAAAAGAAACAACCAGAUGAUGAUUCUGCUCCAAGUACAAGUAACAGCCAAUCAGAUUUGUUUUCUGAAGAGACCACCAGUGACAACAACAAUACCUCUAUAACCACGCCAACUCUUAGUCCCAGCCAGCAGCCGCUUCCGACAGAACUGAAUGUAACUUCACCAAGUAAAGAAGAGUGUGGGCCAUGCACAGACACAGCUCAUGUCUCGUUAAUCACACCAACCAAAAGAUCCUGUGGUACAGAUUCACAUUCUGAAAAUGAGGCUUCACCAGUGAAACGACCACGACUACUGGAGAAUACAGAACGGUCCGAGGAAACCAGUCGAUCUAAACAGAAGAGUCGGCGUCGGUGUUUCCAGUGCCAAACCAAACUGGAGCUGGUGCAGCAGGAAUUGGGAUCAUGUCGCUGUGGUUACGUGUUCUGUAUGUUACAUCGCCUCCCUGAGCAGCACGACUGUACCUUUGACCACAUGGGCCGCGGCCGAGAGGAAGCCAUCAUGAAAAUGGUGAAACUGGACCGGAAAGUAGGGCGCUCCUGCCAGCGCAUUGGGGAGGGGUGCUCCUGAAGGCCAGGCGCGGCCGCCACAUGACGCUGUUCUUAGUUCACUAAUGUUAGCCUUAUUUAGGACAAAGUCAGCCAGACACCUUGUACUGGGCACGUGUCAGACGCCAGCCAGUCUGUUUCCUUUCUUUAGCCAGCCAUCCUGGUACUGUAGUUUAGGGGUUGAUGGUGGUUGAAAAAUUGAUUUCUGGCUGGUUACUAAGGUGCCUGCUAGCCAUUGUAUAAAAUUAAAACAUGAAGAAUAUUUU